AAUGACCCCGGUGGUGAAGCAACCACCGUCGGUUCUGCCGGCAGAGCUGAGGUGUCCGAAGAUUCACCUGCUCAUUAAAAAAUAGUCUCUCCGUUUCCAAUGAGUAUUAAGCAAUGAAACUAACGUCGUCUGGAGGACAAUUGAAUUCUCUUCGAUCGAGCUAAGGUUCAUUCCUUAAUAUUUAUUGGAAAAGGAUGAACAUUUAUGUAAAGAACAGGUGAAUUUUCUGGCACCUCCUCCAGUCGCCAUUAAUCGACAGUGGCGCCUCCCACCAGUGGGGUUAUUACUACUAAUGAAGAGGGGUAGUCGGACGCUCUAAAUCUGAACCUCUACUCCAGUCUAUUGUUCUUGGUUUAUCCUGCGUCCCUCUAGAUCUCCCCCAGAGGUAUAUGAUAGCGUCUGUUGCUCAUCAAUUCAUAAUAAAAUCUCCCUGAUCUACCCGAAGCAUUUUAUAAAAAUAUGUGUUAGCAAAGUCAUCGAUCGUAAUGAUGAGUUUCUCCAGCGACGAAGUCAAUUUUUUGGUGUACCGGUAUUUGCAAGAAUCCGGAUUUCAACAUUCGGCCUACACAUUUGGGAUAGAGUCACACAUAUCUCAGAGCAACAUAAAUGGCGCUCUUGUACCACCCGCAGCUCUACUUUCGGUUAUACAGAAAGGCCUGCAGUAUACAGAGGCGGAGAUAUCAAUUGGUGAAGAUGGAAGUGAGCAGAGAAUGAUUGAAUCUCUAUCCCUCAUCGAUGCUGUUAUGCCUGAUGUCGUGGCAUCCCGGCAGAACCAACAAAAUCAAGCUAAACAACAGGUGAAGACUGGUGAAGUUCAGGACACAAAUGGCGAAGAAGUUGUUGCUUCAAAUGACAAUGUAGCUGGGACAGAGCGAGGUGGUGAUCGUGUAGAGAUGGAAGUUGAUGAGCAGCGUGAGGGCGUGGGAAGUGGCAGUACUCCGGCAGCAGUGGAAAUUCCUGCAAGCAAAGCUACAAAAUUACGUGGACACGAAUCAGAAGUUUUUAUCUGCGCCUGGAAUCCUACCACUGAUCUUUUAGCCUCUGGUUCAGGUGACAGCACAGCGCGUAUCUGGGAUAUGUCAGAUACUUCCCAGGCCCCAAAUCAAUUGAUUCUUCGCCACUGUAUUCAGAGAGGUGGUACAGAAGUACCUAGCAAUAAGGAUGUCACUUCACUCGACUGGAAUUGUGACGGAACGUUAUUGGCCACAGGUAGUUAUGACGGUUAUGCAAGAAUCUGGAUGACAGACGGGAGAUUAUCCUCUACAUUAGGUCAACACAAGGGUCCCAUAUUUGCCCUAAAAUGGAACAAACGGGGUAAUUACAUUCUCAGUGCGGGUGUGGACACGACGACAAUUAUUUGGGACGCAGCUAGUGGACAAUGCACCCAACAGUUUAGUUUUCACUGUGCUCCUGCAUUGGACGUUGAUUGGCAAACAAAUACCUCAUUUGCCAGUUGUUCAACGGAUCAGUGUAUUCAUGUGUGUAAACUUCAUGUGGACAAACCUAUCAAGAGUUUCCAGGGACAUACAAUUUCAUAUUUCCGAGGUGAAGUUCAUGCGACCUUUUUCCACGUCGCCCAAUGUGUUACCACAGGGUCAGAGGAUUGUCUCAUGAAGAAUAGAAUGCCAAAAUCAUACCAAAAUUGGGACUUUCUAAUUAGACUAGGUCAAAGCCUUUUGAAUGAAGUAAAUGCAAUAAAAUGGGAUCCGCAAGGAAAUCUACUUGCUAGUUGCUCAGAUGACAUGAGUCUAAAGAUCUGGUCGAUGAAGCAGGACACUUGGGUUCAUGAUCUUCAAGCGCAUAGCAAGGAAAUUUACACAAUAAAGUGGUCACCAACUGGACCAGGAACACAAAAUCCUAACAUGAAUUUGACAUUGGCUAGUGCCUCGUUUGACUCAACUGUCAGGUUGUGGGAUGUAGAACGAGGCGCCUGCAUUCAUACUUUGACAAAACACACCGAGCCAGUUUACAGUGUGGCUUUUAGUCCAGAUGGUAAAUUCCUGGCGAGUGGAAGUUUUGACAAGUGCGUCCACAUCUGGUCCACGCAGAAUGGACAAUUGGUGCACAGUUACAAGGGAACAGGUGGAAUAUUCGAGGUGUGUUGGAACAGCAGGGGUGAUAAAGUUGGUGCAUCAGCAUCUGACGGCAGUGUAGUUGUUCUUGAUCUUCGUAAACUGUGAUCAUCCAGUGGCAUUGAAUUUUGAAAAACAACUAAUUUUUAUUGGCACUUUGAUUUUUAUUUAAAGAUAAUUCUGUUUAUAAUCCGAUUGUUUAUCUAAUUUUUGAAUCCUUGUGAGCCACUUAUAAAUAGAUUGUAAUUGAUUAUUGAAACAAGAUAGAGGUUAAAAAGUUUAAUGAAUAUUUAUGAAUAUGUCAGACGCUGGAAUCCCGAGGUAUUUUUGAUAAUUGAUGUAAUCGUUGGCAGAGUCUUCUAAAGAAUUUUUCUCCAUCUUUCGAACUGAUUCAUAAAAUGCGAUAUAAAUACAAUAUUUGUCAUUGUUGUAAUUACUUCAUUAUUCAACUAGCAAUAAAACAAUUGCAUUUGACGAAUA